AGGGAGCUCCGAUUUGGAGCGAGUGGAAUAAUUGAUCGCUAAACAACGGUAAACAACGAAUUGAGACUCCUAUUAAGUUCUAACUAGUGAAGAUCGAGACCUGACUAUUAAAGUUCUGUGUAUUUUAUUUUUAAUGUGAUUUACCCGUAGUUCAACCUUACAUCAAGAUGGGGUCUCAGCAUUACAGUAAUUCACGUUUUAAUGGAAACAAUCCAUCAAGACUGCCAAAGGGGAGUAGUACAGCACUGGCUGCUGUGGCAAUUCAAGACCACUUGAUGCAGAAUCUCUCUCUUGUGGACCCUUUUAAAAGGCCUCUUCAAAAGUUCCCACCUGCAAAGAAACCGUCGAAAGCUGCCAAGGCGGUUGUAGACACUGGGAGGGGUAAAAAGGUUAAUAAGAAUUCCAAGAAAACUGCAGAAGAGAAGGAAUAUGUCUUGGACCCGAAGCCUAAACCGCUUACUCUUGCCCAGAAGAUGGGGAUAGUUGAUGCACCAGAGCAACCCUUGUCAGAGGAUCAGUGGGCUAAGGUCAAAGACCAGUCUAAUCAAAGAGAUGAUUCCAUCCAACCUUGUGCUGUCUGUAAGGAAGACUUUGGUCUUCAUCAACAGGUGUUGCUGUCAUGUUCACAUGUAUUCCAUCGGAAUUGUCUUCAAGCUUUUGAGAGAUUCACUGGUCGUAAGACGUGUCCCAUGUGUCGAAAGCAACAGUACCAAACCAGGGUCAUACACGAAGGUGCUACUUAUCAUCGUCAUCAGUGUGCCACGAGGAUACAAGCCUGCUGGAGAGGGUAUGUAGUCCGUUCCUGGUACAAAAAGUUGAGAGAAACUGUUCCACCCAAGGAUCCGAAGUUGAGACAGAAAUUUUAUGAAGCAAAGCUGCAGGCCAUCACAGAUCGGUUAGUCAGAUCGUAUGACAUGAGGGUGGAGGAGUUUCUUUCACAGAUCGACCGGUCAGUGGCCGACAGUCGAAGCGUGUUCCAUAGCCUGGAUACCUCCACUCUGCUGAGGGCUAUCACGGAAGAUGAGUGGGAAGCGAUACAAUACAAGGCCGUCGAGAGAGGUGAGAAAGAUUGUCCCAUCUGCAUUAUGUCCCUUGGAAACAUAUCAGAGGGAAAUGUUGAUGUGGACUCACCAAGAAAGGGGAAGAGAACCACUGUCCUUCUCUCCUGCACCCAUGUCUUUCAUCUCUGUUGCUUAGAAGCCUUUGAAGAACUGUCCUUAGGAGUGCAUAAGAUCUGUCCUGUAUGCCGUGCGGGUUAUCAGAAAAGGAUUCAAGACAUAUGAGGUCUGUCCAUCCAUCCAUCCAUUCCUCCGUCCAUCCAUCCAUCUGUCCAGCCAUCCAUCUAUUAAUCCAUCCAUUCAUCCAUCCAUCGAUGCAGUCAAAGAUAUUGAAAUAGGCCUGGAAAUAGGCUCCUCAAUUCAUUAAUGAGCCUGACUGAAACAAUAUGUGGAAGUCUUGAGAUGUGAUUUUGGGUGAUUUCUUUCAUGUAUGUUGACAAACAUGAGAGACCCCAAGUCAUUGGGCAGGUAAAAUGUGAUGUGUAUCUAGAGAGGUACAAGGUUACAGCUUGACGCAAAACUUGGAAUUAUGACAGCAUUUGUAGUGGCUUGAGUUAUGAAUAAUAAUGUUUGCCACAUACAAACUGCAGUCCCUGGACGGCCUUGAAUAUACCACCAAAAUUAAUGUUCAUGGUGGCUAUUCAGGUGCAAGUCACGCAUACUGAUUUACCUGGAGGGGCUUUGCCUCACAUGGCUACUUUGCAUAUAUAGAGAAACUAACCGCCCUUUCACAAGGUACAAAGAUCGUAAUUUGAAUGAUGAUUCCAGUGAAAAAUAAUUCUAAUGAUGAAUUUUUAGCACGUGUGAAACCAAACUAGAAUCACAAACGCUAAUCACAAAUUAAAAUUCUACUCUGGAGGUGAAUUCCAAUUAAGUUUCACUCAAAUUAUGGUACAAAUUUUACGUCUGAAAGGGUUGAGCUCCAAAACAUCUUUUGAGGGGCGUAAUUUACGUGACCUUUCAAGCACUUCCGUAGAUGAUACAAUUGUCAUGCACUCAUCGUAGUUUCUUUUUUGCGAUGCAGUGCUUUGAUUGGGUUUGAUUUACAAGUCACCAAGGACACAAUACCGCCUUUGCUCAGGAAUUCCAAUUUAAAUCACAGUUUCGAGUGAACAUGGGAAUGGUACAAUGAUUCUAAAGACGAAUUGCAAUCAUCAUUACAAUGAUGAUUCAAGAUUCUCGUGUGAAAAGGCCCUAAGAUUGAAUAAAUCAGAACUGAAUGAAAAGGUAUUAUAUAAUCAUAGUUAAACAUAUCAAUAUAACAAGGAAUCUUGAUUUCAUUUUAUACAAAAUGGAACAUUCAUAAGCAUUAAUAAUGAUAAAAUAACCGGACCACGUAGUCAGCGGAGAAACUCAGUAGGUGGUAAAAUUUCCAUACUUUGUGACUAAUCGAACACCGUACCAAAAGAGUGUAUUUAACAAGACAAAACUGAGGAAAAUUUUACAUUAAAAUAAAUUUAGCUGUUGGUUGCUCCACAUUUAUCUUUGUCCAUCAUUCAUCCAUCCAUCUCCAGCUAGACACUGAAUGUCAUUUGACUAGGCUCGAACACUGUGAAUAAAACGUGUUCAACUGAUAUACAUGUAAAAGCGGCUGUGCUAAAGUCGGAAUUUUCAUGAAGCUAGGAUAAACAGAAGAUAGUUUAUUUUAGUGGUAUGGAUGAAUCCUUUUGUACUAAAAUUCUAUUUCAGAACAGCACUUUCUAGUUUUGAAGCUGAAAAAUGUGCAACUAAUGAAACCUUCGUAUUUUAUAUCAAUUAAUAUUUGAAAUUUAUAUUGAAUGAGUGUUAGAGAAAUACAAUCUUAGUUCCAAAUUUACCAUAUCAUUGCUAGUGAUGCAAUUGUGGUUCCACUGUUUUGACCAGCUGUGCUGUAUUGUUUUCAAAAAUUGCACUUUUUAUGGGGCGGGGACAGGGGGUAAGAUGUGGUUAGCUGUUGUAAUUACUGUACUAUUUCAAAUGAUUCUGUGUCACUGUGUCGAACACUAUGCUGAAUUAUUAAUCAUAGUUGUUGCCAAGUUUCUGUUUUCAAUGAAAUAAUAUACAUUGUAGGUAAUAAAAUGUAAAAAAAUUGGUUUUUCAAUUAAGUAGUUAAUUAGGAUUAAAAAAAAUUAAAAUUCUGUUUUAUUAAAGUUUAAAGGUAGUGGUAUUUUUCAAGUCUAACUGUAUAUUAUUCUCCACCCUUUUUGGAAGAAUUGAGGCGGGAACGAUUACAUACAGGUGUUCUUGAUAAGCUGGGGGGGAAAAUAAGAGAAUACCGAGUCAAUUGUUAAUAAUAUGAAGUUUUCCAUUGACACCAGUCACACUAAAUGUAACCAAUUUUUUUAUUUAUAAUGGGCAAAGGGUUGGGGGCAGUAACUAAAAUACUAGAAAUUGGAGGUAAACCUGUAUAUGGCCAGGAAAAAAUUGUAACUAUCCUUGAAAUUGAAAUGUGCAAUAUUUAGAUUUAUUUCUCAAUAUA